GCGGAGUUUAAAAUUUUGAAUUAACCAAAAAAAAAAAUUCUAAUAAUAAAAUUGUUAUAAAACUAUUUUCACAAAAAGGAUGACAGCAAUUAUAAAGGACAUUGUAAAAGUUGAAGAACACAUAAACAGAUGGGGUUUGGGUCAACAAAUGCCAAAUACGCAGCAUUCACAAAUUAUCUCUCGUACGGACUGGGGUGCACGUCCCUCCAAAUUGGUAGAGCAUUUCAAUGGACCAGCUCCGUUCGUUAUCAUACAUCAUUCAUACAUACCGAGUGCCUGUUACACCACAGCCGACUGUAUACAGGCGAUGCGUUCGAUACAGGACUUUCAUCAACUAGAGCGUGGCUGGAAUGAUAUUGGUUAUAGUUUUCUUAUUGGAGGUGAUGGCAUGAUUUACACCGGACGUGGGUUCAAUGUUAUCGGUGCACAUGCACCCAAAUAUAAUGACAAGAGUGUAGGCAUUUGUCUGAUAGGCGAUUGGAGAACUGAUUUACCGCCACCACAAAUGCUUAGAGCUGCCCGCGAACUAAUAUCAUUUGGUGUUGCAAAAGGUUAUAUACAUCCUGAAUUUAAAUUACUUGGCCAUAGACAAGUACGUGAUACUGAAUGUCCCGGCAAUAGAUUGUUUAGUGAGAUUUCAACUUGGCCACACUUUUCUCCGAAACCAAAUGCCACAGAAAAUGAAAUUCAUAAAUUGUAAAUUAAGCAAAAUCGCAUAAAUCAUACUUAGUUGUUAAGGCGGAAGCCACAAUAAAAGUUCACUAUUAUUUUUAAGUUCACUAGAUGCUUCUAUACUUAGAUUUCUAUACUUAGAUUA